AAUUAGUCAAUUACCCUUAAAAAUGCACUCAAGAUCGAGGAGAAUUAUUGGUUUAGUGGAAAUAAACAGUAAGAAUGAACAACAACAAAACUUUGAAUCAGAGUCAGUAAUUUUAAAUCCAGAGUCGCCGCUACCCGCAAGCUGUACCUUUAAUGAAUCCGAUUGGAAUAACUUAAAGGAGCUGGUGGAUGAGGAACUCUCCUCGGAUAGAAAUUUAGUGCAAGAGGAACUCCAUAGUUUUAAUAUCCCCUCUGUAAGACCAUGCAAUUCAUUAAUAAUCGAAGAAAGUCCAGAGCAAAGUUCAUCUGUUAUCAUGGACAGCAGGGAAACAACUCCGGUACCUUCCCCAAAGUUAAACUUUGGGUCUCCCAUACCUUCCACAUCUCCUCCGCGUAAUGAAGUACAAGAACCCGUGCCUUCAGAACAGUUAGGUGAGAAUUAUGUUGAGCCUACACCAAGUGUAGAUUCAUAUAUAACUGUAUCGGAAUGUAAUUCUCCAUGUAGCAGCAUAGGAAACAAAAGGAAGCGUACUUUUAAAACUAACCCCGGAAAAAAAAGAUCUAGUUGCCCCGAAAAGUGGAUUGAUAACAAAAGAAAGCACUUAUUAAACUCUGGCCAACAAUACGUAAGUCGAAAUGGAAAUAUUAAAAAUAAAAAAGAAUUGCGUCCUGUUUGUUCAUCUUCAUGCAAAAUGAAAUGUUCUGAAAAAUUUGAUACAGACAUUCGUAAAAACAUUUUUAAUAAGUUUUGGGAACUUGCCGAUCAUACCAGACAAUGGGAAUUCAUCAAUAACUUUACAGAAAAAAAUAAUAAAAAACGAAUCACAACAGAGGGACCAUCUAGAAGACAAUUCACGACUAAGUAUUUUUUACCAAUACCAGCAGAUAAUACAUUAAUUACUCGACAACAGGUUUGUCUUAAAACAUUUUUAAAUACUUUCUGUAUAACUGAUCAAUUUGUGCGCACUGCCCAUAGUAAAUUGAGCCAAGAAGGGAUUACAUUAACGGACAAUAGGGGUAAACACUCCAAUCAUCCAAACGUCGUAGAUACUGCAAUGGUUAAGAGUGUCUGUGAUCACGUAGCUAGCUUCCAACCUGUAGAAUCACAUUACACACGUAAAGAUACCACUAAGUUGUACUUAGACAAUAAUUUAAAUAUGAACAGGAUGUUUUCUCUAUAUAAAGAAUGGGACCAAUUUUCAACCUAUAGCAAUCCAGCGCAAACCCUUCGUCAGUACAGAGACAUCAUUAAUGCUAAUAUGAACGUUGGGUUUUUUAUUCCUAAGAAGGAUAUCUGUGAUAAAUGUCAUAGUUAUUCUAACAAUACGUCUCCAACAGAAGAGCAAAUACAGGCUCAUAAUAAACACCUAGAGAAUAAGACAAUAGCUAGAGAGAUAAAGAAUAAUGACAAAGAGCAAGCAAUAAAAUCACCUGACACUGUAUGUGCAACAUUCGAUUUCCAAAAAAUUUUAAAUUGUCCCCAUGGAGACGUAGGUUUAUUUUAUUAUAAACGUAAAUUGUCUAUAUUUAACUUUACCGUUUUUGAUUUGGGUUUAAAAGAAGGCACAUGUUACAUGUGGACGGAAUGCACGGGUAAAAGGGGAGCUAACGAAGUAAGUAGCUGUUUGAUGCAUUUUGUGAACAUAAAGGUUGCGGGAGGUGCUAAAAAGUUCUUAUUUUGGUCCGAUAACUGUGCGGGUCAAAAUAGAAAUAGAGUCGUAUAUUCAUUCUAUAUGUACAUUUCAAAACGCUAUGGCAUUGAUAUUACUCAUCGUUUUAUGGAGCAAGGCCAUACACAAAAUGAGGGCGAUAGUGUCCACGCCCUUAUUGAGAGAGAAUCUAAAAGAAAACUAAUUUAUACGCCUGACCAGUGGUAUGCAUUAGUACGAUGGGCAAAGGCUGAAGGGAGACCCUACAACGUUGUAGAAGUAACCAAAAGUGAUCUUUAUGAUUUUAAAUUUUUAUUAGAUGACAAAAAUUGGAAAAAAGAUAAUAGAAAUGAAAUUGUAAAAUGGAACAGCAUUAAAGAAAUUAAUGUAAGAAAGGAGGAACCAAAUAGUCUGUAUUUUAAAUAUGAUUUGAAGGGUGAAUAUUUUUAUAUAAAUACCACCGUAGAAACUAGAAGCCGAAAAAAAAGAAAGGAUCAACCAACAGAUUUAAAAAAUAUUUAUUUAGAGUCACUCGCUAUACCAGAAGCAAAAUACAAAGAUUUAAUUUCCUUAUGUCGCUCCGGAGCAAUACCCAGAGAAUACCAUAGAUUUUAUGAAAGUUUAAAAUAUAGUACAGUCGCCGAAAGUAGUAUAAAUGAUAAUGAAUGUGAUGAGUAAUGUUUCUUAUACGUAUCCUACUAAAUUGUUUUUGUUAAAAUGGAAGUUUAUGUCAUUUUAUUAUGUUACAAUGAGAGGCUAUUUUUUGUUAUGAAGGUUAUGAUGGUGAUUGAUAAGUUGAUUUUUUAAUUAGAUAAAUUCCAAAGAAGUCAAUCUUUUUAGUUUUUUUAUUGGAUUGUCAUAAGUAUGUUUUAUUUUUAACUACAAUUUAUUUGCAUUUGUUUUUGUCUUAAGUUAGGCUAAGCACACACUACGAUUAAACGCACGCGUUAACUUAUUUUAUUAUUUUCUGAGAUAUAUUUUUUGUACAACUUUUAUUUCAAAACUAUUAUUCUCAUGGAAGUUAUACUAUGUACCUCUACAUACUAUUUUUAUAUUUUUAUAGUAGCUGUGUUUUAAUUGUGAUCUCAUUCUUUUAAGUUCCUAUUAUUUUAGUUUAUACAGAAGGUACUUACGAUUUGUAUUUGUUUAAAUUUAACCUAGGUAAAAAAAAUACGUGAUCUCAGAUUUUAAAAAUUACAUUAAGGUUUACAGAGA